AUGUUUCAACGAGGAGUCCAACGAGGUUCAGACGGUCGAUACACAGUUCCCUUACCCAAAAAUGCAGAUAUCCUUCCAAAUCUGGGCGAAUCACGGGAAAUCGCCUACCGGCGUCUGCUAGGAACGGAACGAAGAUUGGCUAGGGACGAGAAUUUGCGAAAGCAGUACGUCGCGUUUAUGGAAGAGUACCUAAUGUUGGGACAUAUGCGGAAGAUCGAAGGUGCCGAUGAGGAAUCCCGUAAACGGUGUUUCCUACCUCAUCAUCCGGUGGUCAAGGAAGCCAGUACCACCACUAAGGUUAGAGUUGUCUUUGACGCUUCUUGCAAGACAUCACCCGGAGUGUCCUUGAAUGAUGCACUUCUGGUAGGGCCAGUAGUGCAGGAAGAUUUGAGGUCCAUAAUCCUGCAGAGUCGGACGAAACAGAUUCUUCUCGUAUCGGACGUCGAGAAAAUGUUCCGACAGAUACUCACUACAUCAGAGGACAGACCGUCACAAUCUAUCCUUUACCGGUUUUCACCCGAUAAGGAAGUUACGGUGUUUGAGCUGAAUACCGUAACGUAUGGAACGAAGCCUGCACCGUUUUUGGCAACCCGGACUCUUCAACAAUUGGCAGCUGUUGAAGAAACUAAUUUUCCGCUCGCGGCAAGAGCAAUUCGUGAAGACGUCUACAUGGAUGAAGUCAUCACCGGAACGGACGACGUUAGUACUGCCACUUGUCUAAGAAACCAACUGUCGGAGAAUCCACGGAAAAUCUGGCAAUACUGGAUACCACUGGAGUUGAUCUGA